CGCCGCCGGCGGCCGAGGGAGCGUGACUGCGCUGCGCAGGGCGCUAGGAGGCAUUGUCGCCCUGGCUCCGCUCCCCUCCUUGAAGCUCCACCUAUUAAAUGAAUCACACACCAGUGCACACCUGAGCCUCACGCUCGCCUGGCCACUGCUGCAGGCCCUGGCCCCCAGUCCAGUGAGGUGACACAUGUUGAUCCUCCCAGGAAACUGUAGGGAUGGGCUGCCUCCACUUUUGAAGGGCAGGUCAAUCACUGUGGAGGCCAAGCUGGAUGUGGCCUAGGCUCUGGGCCCCUCGUGAGGAGGCACAGGCCCUAUGAGCAGCAGACCAGCCUGGUGGCUGGCGACAAGACCCGUGUGUCUGCAUGCUGAAGAAGAUGGGUGAAGCGGUGGCCAGAGUUGCCAGGAAGGUCAACGAGACGGUGGAGAGCGGCUCUGACACCCUGGAUCUGGCUGAGUGCAAGCUGGUUUCCUUCCCCAUCGGCAUCUACAAGGUCCUGCGCAAUGUCACUGACCAGAUCCACCUCAUCACACUGGCCAACAAUGAGCUCAAGUCCCUGACCAGCAAGUUCAUGACCACAUUCAGUCAGCUCCAAGAGCUCCGCCUGGAAGGGAACUUCCUACACCGCCUCCCCAAUGAGGUCAGCACCCUGCAGCACCUCAAGGCCAUAGACCUGUCCCGGAACCAGUUCCAUGACUUCCCUGAGCAGCUCACCUUGUUGCCUGCGCUGGAGACCAUCAAUCUAGAGGAGAAUGAGAUCGUGGAUGUGCCCGUGGAGAAGCUGGCCGCCAUGUCCUCCUUACGCAGAGUCAACCUCCGCUUCAAUCCACUGAGCGCCGAGGUGCGCGUCAUUGCCCCACCGCUCAUCAAGUUUGACAUGCUCAUGUCUCCGGAGGGUGCGCGGCCUCCCCCACCUUAGGCCUGCCUCCUCAUGCCCACCCAGCAGGGGACAGAGGCCACCUGGCACCCUGAGGGGAGGGACUCCCACAGGCCAUGGGAGGCCAAGCUUGGGUAUGGAGGUGGGUGGGCCAAACAGCUGGAGGUGGGAAGGUGUGCAGCCGGCCCAGGAUAGAUGCUUAGAACAGUAGUGGGCUCUGCAGUGCCCAGAGGAGGAGGUGAAGUGCCAGCUGGGGCUCAGACUGGGCCCUCGAAGCUUUUGUGCAAACUUGGGCAGACCCCCGUUGCCUCUGAGCCUUGUUUUUUGGGAAAAAAGGGUAGUGAGGGGCCUGUGCCUCCUUUGGGCUAUUGGAUGCUUUUUUGGCAAUACCUGCCUCCACAUCACCAUCAAGUCACGGACCUGGAGGAGCCCACAGAGGAGCAUUGUGGAGCAUUUUCUGGGCCUCAUUUGUAGUGCUGAGAACCAGUCGCUGCUCUGGGAGGAAGAGAAGACAAUCUUCAUCCAUUUAUUGCUUCCUGAAAACUGACCCAGAUGAGGCCCUUCGCGGGGCUCCUCAGUCUGGGAGGUUGUUGAAUGGGCAGGAGCCUGAACCAAAGUCAUGGAGAAACCACAGAGAGCAUGGCCCUCACUGCAGCAGGGCUGGAAAUGUUUAUAUAGGAGCUAGCUGCCUCUUGGCUAGGGAGCCACGGAGCAAGUCCAGUCAGCUCUGUCCUUCCCUGAGAAUGAGAAAUGGAUGGGGUAGAAGUUCUGGGACGCCAUCCCUCCCUCAGGAGCAACCAGGAGUGCCUGGUCUCAGCCCUUGAUCCCUAGGAGAGGGGGCCCUUCUUGAAGCCAUUUGCACCUGUGGACCUGGUCCAAAAUAACUAGAUGGCUACUCCCACUACACUUCCCUUUGGCAGCACCUGACUUCCCUGUCACUGCUUCACCUGGCACAGAAGGCACAGUGGACCAUUGAGUUUGUAGCCAGUUACUCCUAGGCCACCACCCAAGGCCCUGAUGACCUAGUUAUUUCUGAGCCCUCAACCUGCAGUUGAGGGUGUAGCCAGCCAAUGGCGUGUCCAACUAUCCUGUUUGCUGAGGACUGAGGGGUUUCCAGGGAUGUGGGGCUUUCAGCACUAACAUGGGGUCAGUACCCAGCAAACAGCUGGUUUCCCUACCAGGAAAGGGCCUGGGGCUCUUGCAUCCUGAUAAUAACUGUGGUUUGGGGAGCCCCUUGAACCCCCUAGGUAUCUACCUCCCACCUUCUCCUCAUCUAUGGGGGCAAGCAGACUCAGAGCUCAGAACUUGGCUCCGUGGGAGACACCUGAGGCCCCAGGGGCAAGCCAGGCCUCCCAAAUCCUACAUUGAGGCCAGUAGUCACUCUUCACUCCUAGGGUCAAACUGUUCAGAGUUCAGACCACUGCUGUGAGCUGUAGCCCUGUCUCCUAAUGCUCCCAUUCCCCAUCCUCCAUCUCCUCAUGAGGAACUGAAAGAUUGGGCCAGAUUUGGCCUGUCACUGAGUGCUAGGUGUCCCAAGGGAUGCCUUCUUCACUGCUUAUCUCCAAAGCCUGGGUGGGUAAGCUCUGGGAAAAGGGUUUUCAGUGAGGAGGUUGAGACUAGGCCUACAGGGCUUAGCUGUGGACACUGGGGACAGGUGGAGGCUGCAAUCUAGGCUGGCCUGGCCCCAUCCACCCUGUGUCCUGGAGUGAGGUUUCUCUUUGUCACAGAAGGGGUGUGCUUUUCUGAUACAUAAAAAGGCUUUGUAUGGCCAGAGUCUUGCAACUCAGGGUGCGGUGAGUGGGCCUGCAGCAUCGUCAUCCAUGGGAGCUUGUUAGAAAGGCAGAAUCCUGGGCCCCAGCCAGACCUGCAUUUUAAUAAGAUCUCUAGGCAAUUUCUACAAGCACUUUAUAGUUGGAGAAGCAAGGGUCUAGGGGAGACCCUAGGAAUGUACUCAGAAUGGAGGGUAAAGUUUCUCUCAGCUGUCCCCUUGCCAAUGCCAGGCCUCCAAUGAACUCCUCCCCACCUCCCCAAACCAGCCCCAGAUCUUUUCAGAUCCCCAGCAAAGGGAAUGACGCGAAGUCACCAGGAGCUGAGGCUUGCCUUGGCCAGGCCACCUGGCUUCUGCCUCUCUGGUAACCUCUGCAUGCUGAGCUGCCUGUGUCCCCAGGUCUUUUGAAGUGGUUGCUUCUGAAAGUUGUUUUCUAUUCUGCUUGGAAAAUUUUCCCUUGCCUCUCUGGGAAAACGUGGGUAGUCUGAAAAGCCCCCUAAUCAGAGCCCACAGAGUGAGUGAGCCCUUAGCUUCAGUCUGCAAUAAAAAAUGUAUUGGUU